CUACCAAUGUCCGACCGCACUGUUUUCUCAUCAAAAGUGUGACGUGUGUGUUCCGUCUGGUAUGCAUAUGAUCGUUUAUUCGUAAUUCGAUAUUUUUUUCAUCGAUAUUGUACAGUAUUGUGCGAAACAUGUUAAAACACGGGAGUAUCUUCAUCGUUUUUUUAUGUGUUCUUAAAUUCGGGACCGGUUUAUAUUUCCACAUCGGCGAGACGGAGCGAAAAUGUUUCAUCGAAGAGAUUCCGGAUGAUACUACAGUCUUAGUCAAUUACAAAGUGGAGCUUUAUGAUCCAAGAAGCGGUGGUUUCAUGCCGAGUAGUCCUGGCAUUGGUAUGCACGUUGAAAUAAAAGAUCCUGAUGACAAACCUAUUCUCUCGAGAGUUUAUAGUUCCGAAGGUCGAAUUUCCUUUACCUCGCACACACCAGGAGAACAUGUCAUUUGCUUAUACUCGAACAGUACUGCAUGGUUCAGUGGAACUCAAUUGAGAGUACAUCUGGAUAUUCAAGUAGGAGAACAUGCAAUUGAUUAUGCCAAUGUAGCGCAGAAGGAAAAAUUAUCGGAACUUCAAUUAAGAAUACGUCAACUUUUAGAUCAAGUUGGACAAAUAACCAAAGAACAAAAUUACCAGAGGUAUCGGGAGGAGCGCUUUAGGCAGACUUCGGAAAGCACUCAUCGCCGUGUAUUUUGGUGGUCCUUGACUCAAACUGUAGUUGUUCUAAUUAUGGGUGCAUGGCAAAUGAAGCACCUAAAGAGUUUUUUUGAAGCAAAGAAACUGGUUUAAUUGCUGCAGUAAAAACUUUAAUAACCAAAAUAUCAUUGUUUAUUAUUUGCAACUUCAGACAAUUUCCAUCAACAUUUUUUCAGCAGGUCUCUCGUCGAUGUUACAUUUAUAUGAAAUUGUUAUUUAUCUCUAUGUUUGAUAAUUAUAAUAAUAAUAAUAAUAAUAUAUAUAAUAUAUCAUAAAAUUUU